AUGUCCAAGGGCGAGGUCCUGCACAUGGGUUGGGGCCAGUAUCAAAUUAUUCCUCCUGACAAGCCUGUCGUGGGAGUCAUUGGAAAAGGAGUUAUCCUGCCCUGUCAGAUGAAAGUUAAGACAAUCCCUGAGAGACUUUCUGUCCAGUGGAUAUUUACUGGAAACUCCAAAAGAAUUGAUGUGGCCACUUACGAUGGAAAAAAUACACAGAAUCCAGUUUAUGAGGAUGGGACGUACCAGGGAAGGACAAAUUUUUUUCAGUCUGAAUUUACUAAGGGAAACCUGUCUCUUCACCUGAAAAAUGUCAUGCUCUCAGACAAAGGGAAAUACAUCUGCAGUGUCUUUUUUGAGAACUGGUAUGACGAAGUGGUGGUUGACCUGGAUGUGGCAGCUAAAGGUGAUGAGUUUUCAGUUUUUCUGGAUGGUCAUGUGGGUCAGGGCAUUGGCCUCACCUGCAAGUCACAGGGAUGGUUUCCAGAGCCUGAAGUAUUUUGGCUGAACAGCAAAGGACAGACACGGAAAGAACAAGUGACCACCCAAAAAACAAAGACUUCUUCAGGCCUCUUUGAUGUUGUAAGUUCCAUGAAUCUUGAACCAGGAUCUGACAAGGAAGUCUCCUGCCGAGUAGUCAAUACUCUACUCAACACAAUGUGUGAAUCCCAAGUCCUGAUUUCAG